CUGACGGCUAACUGAGCUCAGAUGGAAGUAGCGACUUUUAUAUUAUACUAAUUCGUCUCUAAUACACCUGUGGAUGAAGCUAUAGUGGCCUCAAGGUUUCCUCCUUCCCCUAAGUGUUGUUGGUCUAAUGUCCGAGGCUGAUAGUCCGCCAGACAGUCCCGUCAUCAUUGGGAAGAUGGAUCACGCAAGACACCGCUACCCUUGUUGUAUAGCGACGCCGCUGCCUUUACUGUCCUGGUUUAUCCCCUUCAUCGGUCACAUGGGUGUGGCAUAUACCGGGUUGUAAUGUGACUUUGCCGGUCCGAUUUUUGUUUCCGAGGAUAACAUGGCUUUUGGCUGGCCGACCAAGUACUGGGCACUAGACCCUUACAGAGCUCAGGGCGGACCGACAUCUUUUGACCGCAGUAUAUCACUCGCCCAGAAGAAUAUCGGUAGAAUGCAUAAUUUGUUCUGUGACAAUUGCCAUUCACACGUUGCCAUGGCCCUGAAUCUGAUGCACUACGACGGGUCAACUAACUGGAACAUGGUGAAGCUGUGUCUGUUGAUGUUGGUGCAUGGUAAAUACAUCAAUUUUGUAGGAUUUCUGAAGACUUGGCUGCCAUUCACCUUUGUGGCAGGAGGAAUAAUUGCUCUAGUGGUGCUGAUGUGAAGAACACUUUGCCAAACAUUAUUUACAAGUUCAAAAGAAAGGAAGAAAAUCAUAGGGUGGUGAAAAUCUUAGGGUAGUGAAAAUCUUAGGGUAGUGAAAAUUUUAGGGUAGUGAAAAUUUUGAGGUGAACGAUUAUAUUUUCUUAAUUUCAGUUUAAUUUUUUUGUCUUAAACAUUAUUAGUGAAUAUGAAGAGAUUAAAUUAUAUAUUUAUUACUGA